AUGGAAGACGAUGAUGCCAAACCCAAAUUUGCUCCUGCCAGUGCAUCGGAACUCAAUUCGGUCGUCAAAGGCUCUCGAAAAAUACCAAUUCCUCCUCACCGCAUGUCCCCUCUGAAGCGUCACUGGUUGGAAAUUUAUUCACCCCUCGUUGAACACAUGAACCUUCAAGUGCGUAUGAAUGUCAAAACAAGAACAGUCGAACUCCGAACAUCACCAUCGACGACCGACAGUGGUGCUCUUCAAAAAGGGGCCGACUUUGUGCGAGCAUUUGCUUUGGGUUUCGAAGUGGAAGAUGCCAUGGCACUCUUACGAUUGGACGAUAUCUUUUUGGAUACGUUUGAGAUCAAGGAUGUCAAGACAUUGCACGGUGAUCAUUUAGCUCGAGCCAUUGGUCGCAUUGCUGGUCGUGAUGGCAAGACUAAAUUCACUAUUGAAAAUGCCAGCAAAACAAGAAUUGUGUUGGCCGAUACUAAAAUCCACAUUCUCGGUUCUUUCCAAAAUAUCAAGAUCGCACGAGAUGCCGUCGUAAGCUUGAUUCUCGGUAGCCCUCCCGGCAAGGUGUAUGCUACUCUGCGUACCAUCUCUGCAAGAAUGAAGGAACGCUUCUAA